AUGCUGCUCAAACCACUUGCACUUUUUUCAUCACUUGCUCUGGCCACCGCCAUCCCAAACCCCCUUGAGAAACGUGCUCCAUAUCAGGCAAGAAUCUUGGAUACUGGAACUACCUUUGUAGAAGAGCAUAAUGGAUGGUGGCAAUUGAUUGACGCCACUGGUGAUGGCAGACCAGACUUAGCCUAUAUCAAGAAUAAGAACACAGGGACUGGAUAUGUCGAAGUUCAUAUUGCCUCUUCAUCUUCCAAUUUCCAGACUCGAAUUCUUGAAGUCGGCACCACAUUUGCUCAGGAAGAUAACGGAACAUGGCGUCUAUUCAAAUCAUCCAACUCUGUUCUUCCUGACUUGGUAUACAUCAAGACACAAAAUACCCCGUCAGGAAAAGUAGAGGUUCACAUCGCUAGCGGAGCAUCAACCUACAAGACACGGACUGUUGAAGUUGUUACCUCAUUCGGGAAUGAGCAAGAUGGUCAAUGGAACGUGUAUGACUAUGAUGGUGAUGGAAAGCCAGACUUAGUCUUCAUCAAAACUAGCAAUACCGGUACAGGAACAACCGAAUUGUUCGUCGCAUCUGCUUCUUCCAAUUAUCAAACAAGACUCAUCAGCACCGGGACUACCUUUACGGUAGAAAACAACGGUUUUUGGCAGCUUGGACCUUAUAGCGCUAAUGGAGAUUUGAUCUACAUCAAGGAUGCCAAUACUGGCACUGGGACAACAGAGGUCCACAUUGCAUCUAGAGCAUCGGGUUACAAGACUAGAUUGCUGGAUGUUGGUUCUACUUUCACUCAGGAACAAAAUGGAGUUUGGCAAUUGAUUGACUUUAAUGCUAAUGGCAAGCUCGACCUUACUUAUAUCAAGUAUCAGAACACUGGGACGGGUACCGUCGAAGUACAUGUUGCUAGUGGUUGA